CAUGACGGGAGACAAUGAAUGUGGGAUUACAUAGAAGUUGGCAUAAUUUUGUGCACGAAAUCUUGCAUUCAAUUUGUACAUGAUCUGUGUGCAUCUGGAUUGUGAAGUUAUAAACAAAAACAAUAAUUUCGGAAGGAAUUUAAGCGUCCGGUUCUCACAAAUGCUGUAAAGGAUUAUCCCGACUAGUUUCCCAGUGCGGUUCAAGGAUCUCUUUGUUAAAAGAAGACACAGUCGGUGCAACAUGAAGCCGAAAAUUUGAGGUGUUUUUGCCAUUUCUGUGGAGAUUUAACUAGAAAGUCUAGAUCAUCGACAUCGCUCUUUUACACAGCAGGAACCUGGAAUUACAACUUGGGUACAAAAGAAAUCCUACACUUGGGAUGUUUUUAUCAACAUUAUUAUGAAGAAUUACGACUUCAAACUAAUGUAGCCAGCUUUAAUCAGGAUUUUUUGGUGACAGAAGUGGUUUAAAUCAGCUGCAAGAUGGCGGCGGACUCGUCGUACGAUUGGGCAUAUUCCAUGGUGGAUUCAUCCAGAGUGUCCACAUUUGUCAUCUCCAUCUUGCUUAUUGUCUACGGCAGCUUCAGAUCUUUGAAUAUGGAUCAAGAAGAAAAGGAGAAGAAUUUAAAAGAAGACAAAGACGCUUCAGCACAAGGUCCCAAUCCAAAUGCUGCUCCAGUAAAUGAAAAUGUUCAUAGUAUAGAUACAACUCAAGCGAUGUUUUUGCCCGUCGGCGCUUCCAUCUCUCUUCUUGUUAUGUUUUUCUUCUUUGAUUCAAUGCAAAUGGUGUUUGCUGUUUGCACAGCAGUAUUAGCUACAGUAGCCUUUGCGUUCCUUCUGUUGCCGAUGUGCCAGUAUUUAUUAAGGCCUUGCUCCAAUGGAACAAAGAUUUCAUUUGGAUGUUGCGGUCGAUUCACAUCUGCCGAAAUAAUGUCAUUUUGUCUUGCUGUGAUGUUGGUGUUCUUGUGGGUCAUGACAGGUCAUUGGCUGCUCAUGGAUGCGCUAGCCAUGGGUCUGUGUGUUACAAUGAUAGCAUUUGUUCGCCUACCAAGCCUCAAAGUCUCUACGUUACUCCUGACUGGUCUUCUCAUUUAUGAUGUCUUCUGGGUUUUCUUCUCUACUUAUAUAUUUAACGCAAAUGUGAUGGUCAAGGUUGCCAUGAGGCCUGCAGACAACCCGCUUGGGGUUGUAGCUAGGAAACUGAACAUGCCUGCAGUAAUCAAGGAAGCUCCUCAACUUUCACUGCCUGGUAAACUUAUUUUCCCAAGCAGCCUACACAACUCGGGUCAUUUCUCAAUGCUAGGACUAGGUGACAUAGUCAUGCCUGGUCUUCUCUUGUGCUUUGUCAUGCGUUAUGAUAAUUACAAACGUCAGGCAGCAGAGGGCGCCACAGCAGCCCCUCUUAUUGCUCCAAACAGCUUGACUCAAAGAGUUACCUACUUCCACUGCUCACUCAUUGGCUAUUUUGUUGGUUUACUGACGGCUACAAUAUCAUCUGAAGUUUACAAAGCAGCUCAACCAGCUUUGCUGUAUCUUGUCCCUUUCACACUCCUGCCAUUACUCCUUAUGGCCUACCUCAAGGGUGACUUGAAACGUAUGUGGCAUGAGCCAUUCAUCAAGGGACAACCCAACAAGUACACAGAAGUAUGACAACAAGCCAAACUACAUCCUGUAUAAAACAGAUCCAACUGGAUUGGACAUGGUGGAAAAAACCAACCAAAUAUACCGACCUUUCAUCUGGACAUAAAAAAAAGAAAGUAAUAACAAAGAAUGAUGGUUGAAUGGAAGAGAUUACCGGAGACUUGAUGUCAUUGUACAGUAUUCAACCAGACAUGUUACUCUCAUGGCUAAUUGGUAUAUCACCAUGGUAACAAAAGGAUGAACAUGGACAUGUCACUCAUCAAGGAAGUAGUAUGUCGCCAUGGUAACGUAAAGGUGGACAUAUUUAAUGUAUCAAGGCUGAAAUUAUUGUGGAAUUAAACUUCUUAAGGUUUGGCGCUUUGAGUGAAAUCAUGUUAUUGUUGUAAUGUGAGCUUGGCUAAAGAAAUAACUGAUGCCAUCACCAUGGUAGCCUCCAGUGGAAAUAUCCAGGGUCGACUUCAUCUGUGGACAGUUGCAGUCUUUUUAUACAGAGUUGUAGAGGACAGAAAAGGAAAGAAUGUUUAGUUUUCUGUGGAUUGUUUGAGGUGGAUUUCUCAUCAUUGAUGUAACGAGGUAAUCAUGUAUUGUGAAUAUCAAUGCCUUUGUGCAUGACAAUGUGGAGAUCCUUUGGCCAAACCUUGCCCUGACAAAAGCUAUCAGGAGUUGUCAGUAAGUUGGACAUCAAAGAGGAGCAUCUUGAAACAAUCUGUAUAGUAGCAAGAUCUAUGACUCAACAUCUUUACAUGGAACCGGUUUAUGAUGAAAGAUUGAAGGAGUUGGAAAGAGACACCACAAUCCAUGAAAGGACUCAGGAGUGUUUUGGACUUCCAGAGAGUUGGCUCACUCUUAUAGAAAACAAAACAAAAAGGAAAUACUUGUCAUUGUUGCUUUAUGGCAGUGUUAAUAUAGACUGAACUGUAUCCUAUGUGCAAAGUGGUUUCACAACCUGGUAAAUAAGAACACAUAAACAAGCAGACAUGCUUUUAAUAAUGUUUAAAUGCUUUGAUUUCAUCCACAGACAAGCAAAAUCAAACAGUCGUCCAUUAUUUCCGCUGUUUUGUUUUUGUGGCUAGCAUUUGUGGGAAUCAAGCGUCAAAUUGCUAGUAAUAUUACUAAAGUCAGUAUAUAUAUAUUCUGAUAAUUUAUAGGUAAUCUCUGUAGAGUUUUUUAUGUGUAUAUGUAGGGAGUUCAUUGCAAGUCUUACAAGGUUUGUAGAAGACGUUUAGUAAGACUUUCAAUACCUUUAAUAGAGUCGGAUUCAAUGGUGGAAAGGGUUACAAGCUCGAUUAUACAUACUUUGUUCCCUUUUGUUUUUGUAGUGGGGUAGAAUUGCUUCCAGGGGUAAUAUCGGUUCAGUUGUCAAGCAGAAAAGUGUAGUUUGUCGAGCAACAUUGACGAGAAUAAAGUUCCCUGAAGUGUCUCAUGAUAGAACUUCUAAUUCAGUGUGUUGCUAUGGUAACGGUCAGCAGACUGUAACUUGAAGUACAUAAAAAGUUCCAUAUCUGAGCUCCUCGUCUUGACGCGCUGGAAGUCGAAAGAUAGAAUGUUGCAAUUGUAUGGAAAGACUUUAGACUGUCUUUGUUUCAGACGUCGAUCUUGUCAUGAGCCAAACGUAAAUUUUAACCUGAAACAAAAAUUGAUUCAGGUUGACCUAGAGAGUCAUUCCUAAUUGUGUUGGUUUGGCAGGACUCUGGAGUGUCUUUCUGAACUGGGUGAAAGUUACCUCUAAGUUUUUCUAUGUCACACCCUAGACGCACAUCACCCAAAACUUUUCCUUUUCAUGUUUUGGUAUUGGGUUUUUCUGCUUGACAGCUGUUUACCUUAGUCCCGCCUGAUUUAGGGCUGAAUGUGUCACAUAAAUCAGCCGCUUUAGUUCUACUCAUUUUCUGACAUGUUUAUAUCCGUUUGUAUUUGUGUGUUUUUAAUCUGGUAUUACAUGCGGCAGUCCAUUUUUUUUUAUAACUAAUUACCGUUACAAUAAUGCAAUAGUGUUCAAGCAUAUCAAGCUGUCGAGCAACUCUAACAACCGACAAAUUUCAUCAUUCAUUGGAGUAAAUAAGCAGUGCCAUGAAAUAGGGCCCUGGUCACCGGCCAAAAUGCUAUGUAAGACUGAUCACCAGUUAUUUGUUUAAAUAAUAAAUACCCUAAUCAGGUUAAUAAAAUUUAGCUGAGAAUGUUGAGGUAAAGAAUGCCAUGACAUAAGACCCUGGUAAAGAUGUAAGCGUUCUGUUGCUAUGUAAACAAAAUAAUGAUCAUGAUUAGACUGUACAUUCUCUGAUGUUGAGCUGCAUUAACGGAUUGGGACAAUAAUGUUUUUACUAAAACAGCUUUAUUUGAAUCUGUUUAAUUACCUUAAUAUCGUUGCCUACAAUAACAUACAUGUAUUCAAUGUUGAUUCUAUCAUUGAUGGUGAUUCUUAAUUUAAAAAAUGAGAUUGGAAACAAAACCAUAUUUUGAAGACUACAUUUGAACACUAAAAAUGCAACUAAUAACACAAGUCAACUGUUGCAUACAGUGGCUGUAGGCCUACAUGUAUAUAUCUGUUGUAUCUUAAGCUACAUCCAAUCAAGCGACUCUGGCUACGGCUGUUGGCUUCAGAGAGAACUUUGCAGUUUAUGAUUUUCCAACAGUCCAAUCCUUGCCAAUCCAAAGCCAUUCAUUCAUACACCAAGGUAUGAUGUUUAUUCUAGCCAACUACAGAUGGAUUGCAUUAAGUUCCAUCAACCGCCAUGUUUGAUGAUUAAUAAUGGAAAAGUGCGCACAAGUCUCAGCCAACGAUAGCCUUUCAAACAUGCACAUUUCAUCAACGAUAGUGGUCAAUUUAGCGCAAUCCAUCUAUUGGUGUUUGACUAACUUUAUUUUCAUGAAUACAGGUUUGAAAGGUGCCUGACUAAUCAGAAUGUGGCCAAAUAGCACUCUGCACUAAUGACGACACUGCUUAAAAUACCCGGCAGUCAGACAAACAUUCCACCACUCAAUCACUGCAUAAUCAGGGCAUAAGACCGCUUAGCCAGUACACACGAGUAAACAUAAAGCUUGGACAUGUUCACACAUGUACAUUAGUAACAUUUGACACCUCUGAGAUCAUUGUAGUGAACUGUUAGAUGGGGCUCGACUUGAUGACUGAACUGCUAUAGCAUUAGAGGAGAGUUGUACUAGCAAAACACAACAAUAAGUUUUGCUUUACUGUAAAACGGCUACUGACCAUUGUCCUUUGUGUACUGUUGAACCAUGGAGGUCCUCCAUGGUUGAACUGAAUCCCUGCUUAUUUUUCCUAAUAGCAGGACUUUGUGCAGCAGAAGUUGUCUCCAUAUUAGCUUCACUUUUGUUUCCUUUCAGUUUCUUCGGAACAAAGGCCUCUUUGUCUUUCUAUCCUGUACUUUGCUGAUAUGCAACUGCAGUAAUCCCCACCUUGAUCUCUAGUCUUCAUCCCCAGUCUGUUAUUCCAUGUACAUGUAUGUCAUGUUCUCUUAGAUCUAUGAGAUAUGUGUACUUAACUAUGGCUCCACAGUAAUAAUACAGCUGUACCUUUUAGAGUAAUAGAUCAGAGAGCAAGACUAAUUGCUCACUACUGGCUCAUUUCUGUGCCUUGGAUUUGCAUUGAUGAAAACAAAAUGGCUGCUCUACUAUGUUCAGUUUGAAAAACAUACAAUACCAAAGGUUCAUUGAACCACAUAAAAGUCUAGUAUAUUCAACCACAGUAUGAGCAUUAAACCAACAGAUGUUGUUUAAGGUCUCCAAAUGGCAAAGCUUGACCAAGAAAUGUUGUGGCAUAAAUCUCUCAGUGCAAUGGUGUUCCAUAUUGUCAGUGAACUCAUCAUGCUUUUAGCUUUACCCAUUACUCUCAAUCCAAUGAUUUUAAUGAGUUUGUAACACAUCCAUUUCUCACAAGCAGAGCGAAGUCAUUGGGUUUCUUUGCUUGCAAAGAGAUGCAUGCUUCUGGGAAAACAGCUGGAAAAUGUGAAUCAAGAUGGACAAAAUCCAAAAUGUAAAUUUUGCAGUCUUAUUUAUUAUAUGAAUUAAUUUAAACUAAAGCAUCUUGUCAGUUUAAUGUGUAAUAGAAUCUUGAGUGGGCAACAUACUGUGUGUUUUUUUAACUACAUUUAACUGAUUUGAAAAAAGUAAGAUUUAAUUCUACAAAAACAGUAAAUAAAUCUACGGGAAAGUGUUCAUUGUGUGACCAAUGUCUCAAUGUUGUAUUAAAAAACAAGUAUGACCUUCAUGCUAAGCUAAUCACUUUACAAAGUAAUUUUUAUACAAGAUAUUCCCUCUAGUGUUUUAUUUUCUAAAUAAAUGGGGUAAUUUUGUCAAGACCUGGAUGUUAUUAACUAGAUAUGAUGGACACAAUACUAUGAUGCUGUUGGGUUUAGGUGAAUUGUCUCACUCAAACCAAACAGUGUACUCCUAAAGAGUCCGCCAUAAUCUUAAAAAGGGUUAACAGAGUUGCUAAGCAGGGAGCCAGUAUAACUAAUAUUACAAGGAAUGUUUGCGUGGUAAACACUUUCUGCUUGUACAUUGUCGUCAUUCUUUAUUAAUUUAUUUUCUCAGGCAUUUGAUGAUAUUUUGUUUGGGAAACAAAGCUGUUUGUGGUUAAUGACAGAUUGGUAUAAAGAUGCAUAUAAUAUGACGUUGCACUUGUCUGUAGCAAUUAUUAAAGCUGGAUAAUUCCAUCAGAAUGCUAACAAGUAAAUGGUGAAACUUUAGAAGACACUAGGUGGCAGCAGACUCGUCAAAUAAAUCCAUUGUUCUGGGGAAUGUGUGCAUUCAAAACACAUUUUAUUUUUGCACUCCCGAACCUGUCACUGUCUCGCAGAGCUUUUCAAUGGGGAAGUUUGUUUCUUCUGAAUCGCUUCAAAAAGGGAAUCCUUGAAACAAAAUCCUGAGUUCUGUUUGAGGACGGCAAUUUUCAACAGAAAUUAAAUUCUGAACAACAUCAUAGUACCUUGUAAAGACAGCUUCCACCUACAUGCAAUGUGUCGUGUUUAAGUUGAAUGAAGUUAGAGAAAAGUAAAAAUACCAAGGGUUUGAAAUUGAUGACUGUUUGUAUCUAUUUAACUCUAUGUCUCUUGGUGUCAGGUAGUAGCUCUUUCAGUUUAGGAUGUAGUUUUAUUCCUAUUCUUAUUUUUUAAAGAUUAGUUGCAAACCAUAUUAAUAAGGUGAAAAUAUUGUACCACUUGCAGGCAACUGCUGACUGAAUAAAAAUGGAAACUAAAACUAAA